GGAAUCGGCAGCUUUUCAUCCAUCUCCACCGGAUAUACAAAUUGAUUAAUUGCUGCGAAGACUGGACUGAUGCUAUUGGGAUCGACCGAAUUAAAUAUGGCGUAUAAGAAGCAGUACGUUCGCACUAGAAAAUGACUGUUCGAUUUUAGCAGCCAUUACGCGAUAUCUUCCCACCAUGAAGUCCGCAACCUUCUUAAUUGGUCUAGUACCCGCAGCCUCAGCAACUAUUUACUAUGCUGGUGUCGCGGAAUCAGGAGGCGAAUUUGGUGUCUGGAGUGCAGAUGCUAAAAAGGGUACCGGCUUGCCUGGCACAUUCGGUGUCGAUUAUCAAUUCAUCAACAAGGCGGGCGUUGACACCCACGUCGACCAAAACCACCUGAAUCUCUUCCGUAUCGCGUUCUUGCUUGAGCGAAUGACCCCUGUCGCUACCGGUCUCGGCAAGAACUUCAACGAGACGCAUUUCGAUCAUUUCAAGGAGGCGGUUGACUACGUAACGGUUACCAAAGGCGCAUACGCGAUUCUAGAUCCGCACAACUAUAUGCGAUACAAUGACCCAAGUUCGCAACCAUAUUCCGGCAGCGUGAUCGGGAACACCUCCGAUACUACCGCCGCUACGACAGACCAAUUUGGAGAGUUCUGGGGUGAAUUGGCGAAGCGCUUCGCUGAUAAUGAGAAGGUUAUCUUCGGAUUGAUGAACGAACCUCACGAUAUGGAGACUAGCCUCGUACUUAAGAAUAACCAGGCUGCUAUUGAUGCUAUCCGCGCUGCCAAUGCAAGCAACUUAAUCAUCCUACCCGGCAAUAGUUGGACAGGAGGCCAUGCUUGGGCCCAAGGACCGGACCCUAGUAGCGCGAUUAUUCACCAAUUCAAGGACCCGUUGAAUAACACGGCAAUUGAUAUUCAUGAGUAUCUUGAUGUGGACUACAGUGGUAGCCACAGCGAGUGCGCGAGCCCGCCGGCGACUAACUUGGCGGAUGUGACAAAGUGGCUUAAGGAGCAUAAUCUGAAAGCAUUCAUCACUGAAUUUGGCGGUAACAAUAACACGGGAUGCGACACCAUGUUGACCGACUUCGUCAAAUACCUAGAUGACAACGAGGAGUACAUUGGUUGGACGGCAUGGGCGGCAGGCCCCUUCUGGGGUUCAGCCAGCCCUUGCUGCACCGACUCCAAGAAUUAUGGUAGUUUUGAGCCAGACAGCAAAGCCGCUGAUGGUGGACCUAGCUUGUACGACACCGUCUGGCUCAAGGUGCUGCAGCCACUUGUUCCAAGUAAACUACAGUGGAAGGGAAAGGCGAGCGUUAGUGGAGGAGAAUUAACGGGCUUUCCUGCUUAGGUAGGUUGGCGUGAAGACUACGUGUAUCUAAGUGGGUAGGCUUCAUUAGACAUUUUGGUGGGAAGGAAUCUAUCGCGCCGCAAUUAAUACGGAACUCUUCUAUCCGAUGGCAAUGGCGCUGGUUUUCUUGUUCCUACAAUAACGGCUACCUGCAGGACUGAAUAAGCGCUGUACCCUU